CACCGCCCAUCCGCGUCCCGGAAGGAGCGAGCUUUGGGCGCCUGAACCAGUGAGUGAAAGCGGCGCCGCCCGCCGGCCGCAGGUGCGGCAAAGCAAGUGUUGUCUGCUUCUUCUCUUAGGGCUCCCCGAAAGAAGGAGGGCGAGCCGCGUGCAUUCGCGCCGCGCCUGCUUGCGUUUCUGUUCCCCAAAUAGGGCCUCUCCUUCUCCCGUCACCCAGGCCCCAGCGUGGACUGGUCGCGUCAGCCCCACAGAUUAGUUUCGCCGCGGCGCGCAGACUCUGCCUUGCCUUCCCGUCCCGGUCCCUGGCCCCUGCCCUGUCGCCCGCCGCCGGAGCGGUGACCGCCCGGCCCGCCGUUCUUCUGCUGCCACCGCUGCCGGCACCAUGGGCAGUGAGCAGAGCUCCGAGGCCGAGAGCCGACCCAACGAUCUGAACUCCUCAGUGGCUCCUUCACCUGCCAAGCAUAGAGCCAAGAUGGAUGAUAUUGUGGUUGUAGCUCAGGGCUCCCAGGCCUCACGGAAUGUCAGCAACGAUCCCGACGUCAUCAAGUUGCAAGAGAUUCCAACCUUCCAGCCCCUUUUGAAAGGGCUAUUGAGUGGCCAGACUUCCCCAACAAAUGCCAAAUUGGAGAAACUGGACUCUCAGCAGGUGUUGCAGCUCUGCCUCCGAUAUCAAGAUCACCUGCAUCAGUGUGCAGAGGCCGUUGCAUUUGACCAGAAUGCUUUGGUUAAACGAAUCAAAGAGAUGGAUCUGUCUGUAGAAACCCUGUUCAGCUUCAUGCAGGAGCGCCAGAAAAGGUACGCCAAGUACGCUGAGCAGAUCCAGAAAGUGAACGAGAUGUCCGCCAUCCUCCGCCGCAUACAGAUGGGCAUUGACCAGACCGUGCCCCUGCUGGACAGGCUCAACAGCAUGCUCCCCGAGGGCGAGCGGCUGGAGCCCUUCAGCAUGAAGCCCGACCGCGAGCUUAGGCUGUAGCUGCUUGGGGCUGGGAGCAUGCGACACCCACACCUUGAGGAUGUUUGGAGCGGAAGUCUCAUCAUCUGCCCGGGGCUGGAGGACAGCGGGAGGCUCUGGUGCUCCCCGAAGUGGGUGCGAAGGAGUCUGGCUGGCGUGAAAAUCUGACUUCGCCCAACUCUUCCCUGAUGUAAUUUCCCUGUGUGAAAGGAGCCAAACCAAUUCUCAGUGGUAACUGAAGCUGGAACAUGUGAAUUAUUAGGAAUUCUUUGACGAACUCAGCGUCGAGAGUUAUUUUUAUUUAGUUUUUUUUUAAUUGAGAGUAUAUAGUGUAGUGCCGGCACUGGAAUAAAAAUAUGGAGACAAGGGGAGAAAUAUGUUAAGGAGCUCUGGGUGCGCAGUGCCCUGCGGUGAACUUUCAGUCGACUCUCUGGCUUAUGUGCUGUAAACAUGAAAAUCUAAUUGAAUCUA